UAUAUAGGCUAUGUGAACGUAUCAUAUAUAGGCUACGUGAACGUAUCAUAUAUAGGCUAUGUGAACGUAUCGUAUCUUUAAAUGACCCUAGGAUAAAUCACAGUGAUUUUGCAACGGUGGAACUGUGAUUCUGUGAAGUGGGAAAAUGAAACUAUUUUUUUAUUUAACCUUUAGUCUAUUUAACUAUAGCCUACUUCCAUGCAGUGAAUCAUCAUGACCCAUGACAUUCACAAUGCACCGAGGGGUUGAGAAAUGUAAAGAAAGUAGCAAUGAAAUUCUUGCUGUGAUUGUUUCGUGUUUUUACGUCUAUAAAUAGCCUAUCAUACAAAUACAGUAGGCUGCGAAUCAUAGGCCUAUCAGUUCCCCAUUGCAUUAUCAUAUUUCACACUUUGUUUCACAACCAGUCUUACAAGGUCAUUUAUAAAGCAAAAACAAACUACUUUUCAAACUGACGUAUUCAUAAAAUAGCCCCGAAGCACCCAUAAUAUCCUGUUUUUGUCGCUGUUGACUUGUUGCCUUGCUCUGCUUUUGCAGUACCUCUUACUGUACUUGCCAAAUAGUGCUCCCUGUAUUCUCUAUUGCGCAUGACUGAAUGGCGGAAUAUGAAGUAGAAGCCUGUUUUUCUCCGAGCUCGAGUCCAACCCCCCCCGAAUCAACCUCUGAAAAACAAAAACGCGGAGCCAUUAAAUCAACAAAAAAAAUUGGGGCAGGGUGGAGUGAUGGCCGUGUUGGGCCCAGCGUCUGGUGUCCAGAGAUGAUAGAGGUGACCUCAGAGUCACCUUUAACCCCUGACCCCCACCACAACCCCUGAGAACGAGCUGAAACUGAUCACACACACAGGCUGCAGUGGGGUCCUCUUCCAAAUGACUCCCUCAGGCCUGAAGACUGUUUCACUGCAGCCACUGGCCUGAAGACUGUUUCACUGCAGCCACAGGCCUGAAGACUGUUUCACUGCAGCCACAGGCCUGAAGACUGUUUCACUGCAGCCACAGGCCUGAAGACUGUUUCACUGCAGCCACAGGCCUGAAGACUGUUUCACUGCAGCCGCAGGCCUGAAGACUGUUUCACUGCAGCCGCAGGCCAGAACAACAGCCAGUCAUGACAUCAAGCAUAGGGGAUGAUUCUAGCAUCUUCGACGGGUCGAUGGAUGAAGAUGAGAAGGACAAAGCAAAACGCGUGUCGCGUAACAAGUCAGAGAAGAAGAGACGAGACCAGUUCAAUGUCCUCAUCAAGGAGCUGGGCACCAUGUUGCCUGGCAUCACACGCAAGAUGGACAAGUCCACCAUCCUGCAGAAGAGCAUCGACUUCCUGUGUAAACACAACGAGAUCUCUGCUCAGUCUGAGUCCAGUGAGAUCAGACAGGACUGGAAACCUCCGUUCCUUAGCAACGAGGAGUUCACCCAGCUCAUGCUGGAGGCUCUAGAUGGAUUCUUCAUAGCGAUAAUGACAGACGGGAACAUCAUCUAUGUCUCUGAGAGCGUCACCUCCUUACUGGAACACCUGCCGUCGGACCUGCAGGACCAGAACCUGUUAAACUUCCUCCCCCUGAAUGAACACUCGGAGGUGUACAAGGCUCUCUCCAAACACCCCUCCGACCCCGAGAGCCUCGGACCAGAGUACCUCAAGACCAAGAACCAGCUGGAGUUUUGUUGCCACGUGUUGAGAGGAACCAUCGACCCUAAAGAACCUGCCGUCUACGAACGCGUCAAAUUCAUCGGCAACUUCAAGUCGCUGAACGACGGUGAGCGUCUGGUUUCCUUAGAAACUGUUCUUGUUUUAUCAGCUGGAGAACAGAAUAAACAGCUGUUAUUUUGAUCGUCUGUUCUGGUU